AUGACACCACCAAACAGGAUCCAGCGCCGGUCCGGCCAGAACGCCGGUGUGGCGCUCCCCUUUCGGAAUGUCGGUAGCACUGCCUAUCCCGCCAGUGCUCGCCUCCCCGCCCUCACUGGAAACAGUCGCCGACUAGCUGAGGCGGAUGGGGAUAAAGGCGACGGUACACCUUCGGAUGCCCCAUCUGCUUCCCCAAGCACGGAUCCGUUUUGCUCACCGGACAGCGCAGCACCGGCCGCUGACCCUUUCCCCGCUUCAGGCGGGACAGCACAAGGAGCGGACGAUGCUUCAACCCCAGUCCCGGUUCAUACCCCGUACACAACGCCCGCUCUUCGGACGACGAGCAGUCCGAAUGAUCACGUUUCUCAUGCCUCGGCCGCAGCUGCUGGCAGCGCUUCCUCUCUCACUAUUCAGGAGGUUCUAGAAGGCACCGCCUCACCUUCAAAUGCAAGCGAAGAAGCUGUUUUGAUGCGCCUUUUAGCCGACAAAGUUCUGGAGACGACAUCACUUUUGUCGGCUGUCUUGCCGCAUUUCCAUCACGGAAGCAACCCCGUAAGAGCCGCUUCCCAGAAACUCGCUGAAGCGUGGGCCGAACUGCUGACACAAGCAGAACGCGUUGAGAAGGGAGGAAGUGACGGUGAAGCCAGUACUGGAACGCUAGCCCGAGAGGCACUUUUUUCAAGUGACAGGACGGCGCCGAGGGACGGCGUCGCUACUGCAGAAGGGGAGCGCACUGCUUUCGCCUCCGGCGCCACAGGGGGAUUGCUCGAACCGCCACACACAAAGCACGUGCCGUUCGGCAAGCUGAGGAAGCCUCUGUCCCAGGCGAUGCCAACUUCAGGUUCAAGGCCGAUACUGUUGCAAACCAUUUCCGAGACAGAUAUUUUGGAUGACGAUGUGAACGCCUCAUCAUGGCUGAAUUCUAGGGCAUCCCUCUUUGGAACGCGGCACACAGACACGAAAGCAGUCGAUAAUCCUGGUUUGGAGGAGGCGCUAGAACUGGCCGGGUUCGACACAGGUCCCUCCUGGAGUCCCUUCGGGAGUCAUUUUGCAGAUCCUAGUAGCCUGUGGAGACAAUCUGCCGCCCGAGGCGGUCCCUGCUCAUCCAGCACUGACGCGGCUGAUGGCCCCUCGCCCCGGACACUCCCCGAGCUCUACAGUGCUGUCGCCGGUCGUGCGCCACGAUCAGCUUCGGCACCGCCAAUACGAACUGGGGUCGGCGCUACCAGUGGAGUCAAAACGACUCAGCGGGGCCAAGCCCCAGCUCCUGCAGGUAGGCAAACCGCCAGUGUGUCUCGCGGCCCGCCGCGUGGUGGGCAUGCCGCUCUCACGCGAACGUUCAGCGUGGACAGGCGCCCCGCAGGACACGUUCCCAGGUGGGACCGCUCUGUUUCCAGAGACAGGAGGGGUGGGGCGAUUUCGAGAGCGUAUGGCGACGCGGCUGGUAGGCCAGGCGCAAAGACGUUUCCCGUGUCUCGUCAGACGACGCAGCGUGGCACGGACACGACGAGUCAAAAAGCCGGCACUCAGAAAGGCGAAGGGCAGUCGCCGCUGUCGAAGGACAGAGGCGAGGCAGGCGCUUCGGGGCAUCCACAAGGGGGUGGGUCGGUUGCAGGGGCUGGUGGGAGCGGCCGACGGCCUGGCGGCGGGGAUGAUAAAAAGCCUCGGCCCCCUCCCGAUGGUGGCGCGGCCGGCACGACGAAAAGGGGGAAGAAAGAGAAGAAGAAGGAAGAGAAGCGAACAGCCGAAACUCCGGUGACAGGAACGACCGAAGGGCCUGCAGGAAAAGAACAGCCCCAGCCAUCCGCCCCGAUGGAUACGGGGAAGAAAGGGAAGGCGCAAGGAAAGGGAACGAAAGGCGAAGAGGCCGCCUCACGCGCGGGUGCUACGGGCGCGGGUGAGAAAGAAGACAGAGCGAAACCUGUUGCAGUCGAGUCGCCAGCAGGCGUCGAGUCCCACCUGCACUCGGGUGGUGACGAUUCACCGCCCACUGCGGGGUUCCCGACGAGUGCAGGCAGCCGAACCUCCACCAUGGUACAGACGGCCACGGGCACGGAAGACGAACAAACAGAGGCUGCGCCCUCGGAGACGGCGAAGCACCCGCCGAGUGAGAAACCCCACGGCACACCAGGCAAGGGAAAAGGGAAGAAAAAGGCGGCAGCCAAACCUUCAGGCGCUGGGAAAGGGCUUGGAGUUCCGCCUCACUCUCCGUUGCCUGAAGCGGAGACGUCGGCGACACAGGAUGCGCCGGGCGAGGCGAAACAGGCAAGUGGGAGCAGCGCAGAAGAAAAGGCCGGAGACGGCCCAGAAGAAAAGCCCGGAGACGGCCCAGAACAGGCGCCGCUGGCCGGUGCGCCACUACCGGAGGCGCAAGACGAACAGGAGAGCCCCGCGGAUGAACGGACGUCUGCAGGAGCGGCGGGCGGUCCCGUCCCCAGUGACGGCUUGGCUGAGCUCGAAGCGAUCCGAAUGGGAGCCCGACCGAAAGCCCGCCAUGCGGCACCAACCAAAGGCAGUGGAAGACAAAAGAAAAAAGCGGCCAAAGAGGCGACUCCACCUGCUGCGGAGGCACCACAGCUGCCGCACGAGCGGGAGGAAGAGCCUGAGGAGCCUACGCGAGGCCGAGCGCGGCGCCGAGCGCAACGCAGCAGUGGCGAUUCGAGAAGGGAGAGCAAAGGUCAGCGAGUGCCGGCGAGCAGCGCUGCAGAUGUCAGAGGGCGGGAGGAGGCCGGAGAGGCGAAGGUCCUGGCGCCUGCUGGCGGGUUCCAUGCCUUGGCACAGAACAUUGAAGCGAAGCUCGCAGCGAUUGUCGAAGAGCACGAGCAGAAUAAACAGGACUACGACGGGCGUCCAGGGAUAGCGGCGUUUGUCGGUGCAAGUUUCCGCGAGCGAGACGUGGAACCGUCGGAUAUGGUGAACCAGUUUGACCCUCUGUGCGAAGCGGCGAUGGCCGACAUACACGCCCUGACCAGGAUGGAGGCUUUGCUCCUAGUUGCGAAAAAGAUGAGAGAGACGGAGGCAGCCGCGGAGAAAUCCGCAGGCUUCAGCGCAGGCGCAGGCGCCACAGGCGGAGAGGCUGGACGGGGAGAAGAAAGUGGCGUCCCGCCUACCCCACUGGCAGCUGUGACCGAGAAGAUUUCAAACGCGAUGACGGCCAUACAGAAGCGCACCGUCGCGAUGUCGAUGUCUAUUGCAGUCUCGCGGUAUCGUUUUAUCCUUUCCCGCUUCCAGCCUCCACCCCCGGCUCUCAGUUUCCCAAGCGAGCGCUCGUCGACAGAGGUUGGCUUACCGGAGGAUAAAUCCACCUUGGCGGACCUAGACCUGCCUUCGGCUAGAGAUCCGUUCUUCAUGCUUCGGCUUCUCAAGGAGCAGCUCGGAGACUGGACACGGUCCUUCCUAGCCGUGAAACAGCACCUCGAGAAGAAGUGGUGGACUCCACCGAGCGACCCAGAGGAAGCAGAGAGAGAGCGCCAACGAACGGCCCUCGCGUUUGAACUAGCAGGCGAGACUGCCGCAGUGUCCUUCUGGAAACAAGCCGCGAGCAAAUGGAAGCUGCGGGAAGCGGCCUUAGCUGAGACGGACCCUGCGCGGAAGGAAAGCUUAGAGCGCGCUGCGGAAAUGCUCAAAGUUAUCAUCGAGACGUGUAGACUGAAGAGGAUCCAGGCCUUCGAGAGUUAUGGAUUGAGCCUGUGGGCGACGGCAGUGUCGCGUUUAAAGAAACAUGAGGGUCGGUGGAUGACGCCGCCGGAUCGCGCGCAUUGCCCAGAAGUACGCGCCGCCAUGGAGGCGGCUUACGCGCCGCCGUCGACGGAGGCCGGAGCAACGAGUUCAGAGUAG